CCUCCCCCGGCCGGGGCGGAGGGGCGGGACCGGCCCGAGGGGAUGCGCGCCGACUCGGGUGGUACAGCCUGGAGGACCCGGCAGGGAAGCGGCCCGGGACCCAGCACCUUUCCUCUCGCCGAGGCCUGACCCAGGGUUUCCCUGGGCCUGAAGUCAGAGAGCCCCCACUCCAAGAAGCUGAGGUGCCUCCUCUCUCCAUUUGAACAAGAGGGAGCUCUAGAGAAAGCCGGCUCAGCAGGUCACCGGGACCCUACAGAGGAAGGGCUCAGAGUACCUGGCUCAAGCUUGCGAAGGAAAGAAAGAAGGAAGGACCCCACCCCCCAAGGAUGACGCUGAACACCCAGCAGAAAGCAAAGACCCCCGUGUAUCGGCGAGCCAGCACUCCACUGCCGUUGUCCCCCCAGGGCCACCAGCCCAGCCUCAUGUGCUCAGAACCUUCUAGAGAAUCCCAGCAUCCCCGGCUGGGCCAGUCGGUCUCCCUCAACCCUCCUGCCCGGAUCCCCUCGCCUGCCCCCUAUGGUUGGUCCUCUGAAUCCAGCGACUCUGAAGGUUCCUGGGAGGCCUUCUACCGUGUGGUGCUGCUUGGAGAUCCUGGUGUAGGGAAGACCAGCCUGGCCAACCUCUUUGCAGGAAAGCAAGAGCGGGACCUCCACGAACAGCUGGGAGUUGCAGAUGAUGUGUACGAGAGGACCCUCACGGUGGAUGGGGAGGACACCACACUGGUAGUCGUGGACACCUGGGAGGCGGAGAAACUGGAUGAAAGUUGGAGCCAGGAGUUGUGCAUGCAGGUGGGCAGCGCCUACGUCAUCGUGUACUCCAUCGCAGACCGAGGCAGCUUUGAGAGUGCCUCUGAGCUCCGCAUUCAGCUGCGGCGCACACAUCAGGCUGACCACGUGCCCAUCAUCCUCGUGGGCAACAAAGCGGACCUGGCGCGCUGCCGGGAAGUCUCGGUGGAAGGUGAGCCCUCCACUUCACCCUCCUCCUCCAGUACUUUCAUCUCAGGGACCUUGCCCCCCACCUGCCCCUGUCCUGCAUCCACCUGUGGAGCCCAAAAGCUGGGCACCAUUUUUGCCUCCUCCUUCACCAUCUCCAACCAGUCCCCCCCUAGUCCUGUCGGGUCCACCUCCCUUAAUCCUACAUUCCCAUCCUUCCAUGCUCUCAGCCUCUGCCCUACUCUGGCAUCUCCACCUCUAGCCUGGACCAGUCCUCGUACUUCUCUAUGCCCACUCAAUCUGUCCUCCUCACCAGAGUUUUCCAAAACCAUAUCCAACCUUGUCACUUCCUUGCUAUAAAAUUACCCUAUAUCCUUCCCUUGCAUACACCAACAUGAUAGACCCAAUGCCCACAGGCUUUUCCAGGGCUUGCAUUUGAGACCUAAAAAGGACAAUUAUCGGCUCCAAAAUACAGUGAGAAAAUUAUAAAUCAAAAUUCACAAAGCCUUAGAGUGGGUUGAAAAAUAAAUGUGGGAGUAGCUUUAGUUUGUGUAUAUCAAAUGUGCAAUCACAAAGGAACUCAAGCAAAUUCAAAGCUUUUCUUCAAAUACAUAAAAAGGAAAUGAAUAUUCUUAAAAAGAAACAAACAUUGUUUACUAAUCACUCUCAGAAGAGGCAAAGAACUUUAUUGGGGGCAGGGGAGACUUGGGUGGUAGAAGUGGUUAUGAAUGGGAGAUGAAGAAGUGGAAGCAUAUACAAACAACUCUUUUGAGAAGUUUGAUUCUAAAUUAUAGAAGAGAAUAGCAAUACAGCUCAAGAAGCGAUGUGGGGUCAAAUGUGGUUUCAAUUAAGAGACUAAAGAGUUACUAGAACAUGUGCUUUGGUUGAUGGGAAUGAUCCAGUGAAGGAGGACAGACUGAUGACAUGGGGCAGCAAGAAUAAGCACAACACAUAUUAUAUGAUUCCAUUUAUAGGAAAUGUUCAGAACAGGCAAAUCUACAGACAAUAGAUUAGCGGUUGCUUAAGG